GUUUAUUCAUCGUUUCUCCGUCGCUAUAUAAUGUCAGCAAUGACCAAGGGGAUGGAGAAAGUCAAACAAAGUCCGCAGACGUCCUGCAUGAGAACUUUGACGUCUGCUGCGCGUCGACGGUUUUCUGGACCAGAAGAAGAGGACUAGACUGAAGACGGACGGACUCCAUUGUCGCCGAAGCUGCAGACCCAGGUGACACCGAGUCUUCGUCCUUCCCAGUCGGACAGGUGAAACACACUCAGCUGAGAUGGCGCCCACCUUAGCUACAGCUUUUGCCCGCCGUUGGUGGAUGGCGGUGACGGCAGUCAUUGAGAACCUGCUUUUCUCCGCCGUGCUGCUGGGCUGGGGAUCUCUGCUCAUCAUGCUCAAGUCUGAGGGCUUCUAUUCCUACCUGUGCAAAGCACCCGCAGACAGCAACAGCUCCAACGUCAGCCUGUCCAACAUGUCCACCGCUGAGACAUCUGACACCGAGGAGUACCUGGAGAUGAACGGCUGGCAAAUCUGCAAAGACCAGGAUGAGAUGCUGAACCUGGCCUUCACCGUGGGCUCCUUCCUGCUCUCCGCCAUCACUCUGCCCAUGGGUAUUGUCAUGGACAAAUACGGCCCGCGGAAGCUGCGACUCCUUGGCAGUGCCUGCUUUGCUUUCUCUUGCCUCCUCAUCGCCUACGGAGCAAGUGACCCCAAUAGUUUGUCCAUCCUGAUCUUUUUCGCCCUGGCCAUGAAUGGAUUUGGAGGCAUGUGCAUGACGUUCACCUCCCUGACACUUCCCAACAUGUUUGGCGACCUGAGGUCGACCUUCAUCGCCCUGAUGAUCGGAUCGUAUGCCUCCUCUGCAGUCACGUUCCCCGGUAUCAAGGUGAUCUAUGACCUUGGUGCCACCUUCAUCUCCAUCUUACUGGUUUGGGCCGGUUGUGCCUGUCUGGUGUUCUUCAACUGCUUCGUCAACUGGCCUCUGGAGCCCUUCCCCGGCCCAGAGGACAUGGACUUCACAGUGAAGAUCAAGUUCAGCUGGCUGGGAUUCGACCACAAGAUCACAGGGAAGCAGUUUUACCGGCAGGUGACGACAGUGGGGCGCCGUCUAAGUGUGGGCAACUCGGUCAAGCAGCAACACCAGCCCCGCAAAGACCUGGCCUCUCAAGAUGCCAGCAAGAUGUGCCUGUCCACCGUCGACCUGGAGGUGACGUGCAAGCCUCCACAGGAAACUCAGUCCUUCAUGAGGAGCGUGCUGAGCCCCAUUUUCCUCCUGAGCCUGAUCACCAUGUGCGUGACGCAGCUGCGCCUCAUCUUCUACAUGGGUGCCAUGAACACCAUCCUGGAGUCCCUGACGGAAGGAGAUCUCAGCACUGUGGAAAGGAUGCAAGUGGUCAGCACAUACACGUCCAUCUUUGGCGUGCUGCAGCUCCUGUGUCUGGCCACCUCCCCUGUCAUUGGCUACGUCAUGGACUGGAGACUCAAAGACUGCGAGGAUGAAAAAGACAAGAGUACUGCGAGGGAGCCUGGUCAGCCUCGCCGCCCAGACAAGAAGAUUCAGAAAAUUGUCAACUCCACCCGAGCUUUUAUCUUCACCAACUUACUCCUGGUUGGCUUUGGAGUCACUUGCAUCAUCCCCAACCUUCCUCUUCAGAUUUUGUCCUUCAUUCUGCAUACUAUUGUCAGAGGCUUCAUCCACUCUGCGGUUGGAGGCCUCUAUGCUGCAGUUUACCCGUCCUCUCAGUUUGGCAGCCUGACUGGCAUGCAGUCUCUGAUCAGUGCUUUGUUUGCGCUGCUCCAGCAGCCUCUCUUUAUGGCCAUGGUGGGGCCCCUGGAGGGAGACCCCUUAUGGGUGAACGUGGGCCUUUUGGCGCUGAGCAUGCUGGGAUUUUGCCUGCCCUUCUAUUUGCUGUGCCACAGCCGCUACCUCCAGCGCCUCAGGGAUGAGCAGGACGAAGACCCAAAGAUCUACGUCAAGAUGGACAACGGUACUAAGCCUGAGGCCUUUGUGUAGAAGAAACAAUGAAAAUGAGGAGGAUGUGACACAAACUUGACAGGAUGAGCGAAAGCGAUGAAAAAUAUGAUACUGAGGAGAUGCGGAAGGGUCAUGUGACUCUCGCAGGAACUCCAUUCCAUCCUGGACACACUUUUAUCACCGACACUGUUUUUUACUGCCAGUGUUUCAUCCAGCUUUCCUGCACCACUGUGCUGAGGACACACAACAAUGCAUUUGGAGCCCCCUGGCGGUACGAGUGCAUCACUGCAGUACAACAACAGCGUGCAACAGUGCCAACAAAGAUUUCCUUUUCCUUUACUCUUUGCAUCAUCAUAUAUAUUCGCCUCUGCAUCCGUAUCGUCCUGCCUGUCGUAUGACGAAAAACACUGAGGAGUGUUUUCAAGCCACAUUCCAAAAAGAGUUGCCCUUCUUUCAACACAGUCCAAUCUUUAAAGCUUCUCCAAUGAUCUAGUGGCUUGUGCUGAAGGGCAUCAAGUCAUCCAGCAGUAUUGGUAGCAAUUCAGUGGUGUUUUAAAUGAGCAGAUAUGUAAGUCCAGUAUGCGAGUACGAAACCGGUUUCACUGCAUGCCACCGAGAGACACUGCUGGAGUACACACUCACCCCGCCCUGUCUGCUUUUUUAAAAAUGCUCUCUGUAUCUUUUACAUAUUCUGUAAUAUGCUGUAUUGUUGCUUCGAUGCGGUGCGUUUGAGAGAAGUGCGCAGGGCGAAGAAGGUGUCGUGUGUAAAGGGUGGAGGUCACACAUUAAGUGUGGCUCAGUGGUUGCCGCAAGUGCCUCUGUGAGAUGCCAGACGAUGCAAAAUCAGGCAAAGAAAGUGGCUCAAACGCUUCAAUGAGUAUACUGCGGACACUGUGUACUUAGUUUAAAUGUGGAGAAUCUAAGGGCCCUACCAGAUCUGUGACUGUGUCUCAAUUUGCGCACUUAAAAAGCUACAUAGUUGUAAUUAGUACUUUAUUUUCAAAAAAGUACUUGAAUUGAACGGAACAGAAUUACUCCUCCAUACCAGUAAUUUAGUUUUGCUGUGUGAGUGAUUUCUGAGGCAGAGCUCGUACUUACAGUUCUCCACCAAAACACCAGGAGGUGCUGUCUUCUUUAGACUCGCUACUUAGCCUCCUGUGUGGGAAGGAGUAAACAAUGACGACGGAUCCAGACGGAUCGGUGCAUAAUACUGCAACACAUUUCAAAGUAAGGGAAACAGCUGUGUAAUGACAACUAAAGGAUUAGUAAUGCCAUCACGAGUGAAUAACUCGAGUGGUUGCAAUUUAUAAGUAAAAAGGAGAGAAGUGGGUACAUUGCAAUAAUAAUUUCUGGUAAAGUAUACAACGACUUGGGUGAAAACUGGCGCCUUUAGGAACUAUAGUACGCAGUGUACACAACACAAUUGUGUACUUUUCUCCUUUUUAAUUGCAAAUUGCAACCCCUCAAGAUGGCAACAGUUGAGCGCUUUUUCUUUCUUUUGCUUUUAUUUUAGUAACAAAUUAAAAGAAAACAUUCCCUACAGAAUAUACAUAUGAUAUUUCAACAAAAUCAAGCAAUAAACCGAAAUUUCUACAAAAGUGCACAAAUAGAGGCGCAGUCACAAAGGAACACAAACCAGAUCUCCUUCUUGAUUGUGAAUUGCAACCCCUCAAGAUGGCAACAAUUGAGCGCUUUUUGUUUCUUUUGCUUUUAUUUUAGUAACAAAGUAAAAGAAAACAUUCCCUACAGAAUAUACAUAUGAUAUUUCAACAAAAUUAAGCAAUAAAUCGAAAUUUCUACAAAAGUGCACAAAUAGAGACGCAGUCACAAAGGAACACAAAACAGAGAACAGUGCAUUCUUGCUCUAUUUCUAUAUACAGUCAGUCCAUUUCACUUGAAUACAUGCGUACCGCUCCUGAGACUCAAGGAACUAUAGAAUCCCAUAAGGCCGACUUGUCCAGAAGUAAAAAAAUAGUGUUAAAUUUCAUGUAACUCACACAGGCACUUCCAAAGACAGCCACCAUCCUGAGAGUGCCUCUUGUGUACAAAAGAUGGAAAGCAGCGGAUUUUCCUCUUCCAUCCACCCAAGUGCAUCUACUUAAAAACAAACAAAACUGAGCUGAGAGACAAGUCCCUACCUCCGUGGAAUGACUCAGUGAGAAACGAAUGGCACAUGAUGCACUUUAGAGACGAGUCAUGGAUUUCUGACUCGUGAGACCAAUGCUGCUGCUGCUGCUGCUGGUUUGUGGUGCAUGUUGCACAAGAAUGUCAAAUCAAUCCAUUUUCUAUAUGCCGCUUGUUAUCACUAGGGUCACCGCUCAAAUCAAAAUAUGGAAACAAAAAAAGUAUUUUUUUAUAUCCGUUCAUGUCUCAUUACAUUAUGUUUAUGUGCAGGACACAAUGUGAGUCUUGUCUCUCAGCUCAACAAUGUCCACUUAAGACAAAUCUAUUUUUAGUGAAUGGAAACUAAGAUGAGGUUCCAAGGUUCUCUCAGAUGCAGGUAUCUGGUAUAUGGUAUAUGACAAAGGGUUUAUUUCUUUACAAAACAGUUCAAGUAUCACAGUGAAAAGUACAUGAAUGAUGGGAAACUCCAUUCCUUUUACUGACUCCAGUUCUCAUGAGUCAUUAAAGUAUAUUGGUCACAUGAUUCACUGGAGCACGUGCACAGAAACUUCCGUGAAUCGUUGAAACGCGCUUGAAAUGGGUAUUCGAGUCACUUGAGUCAUGGCGCGCAUGCGUUGACACUCGUGUGAAUCGCGUCCCUCAAUUGCUCGAUUGACUUGAGUCACAGCGUAUGCGCAGAUACUUACGCCCAAUUGGGUACUCACUUUAUUCGUGUGUAAAUCGGGUACCGACUCACUUGAGCCACCCGCAACACCCUCAUUUAAUGACAUGUUUUGAAUGGAGCUGCAGAUUGAGUAAGUGAACAAGAGACCCGUGAGUCCUCAUUUCAGUGUUCGACGACUCUUUCAUGACUCGCACAUUUCGUGUGGUUAUUUGUUUGCGUUACAUCUAAAUCUGCAGAGAGAAACAAGUCAUUUUACACAAUCAUACACUUGAAGCCAAUGUGUACUCUGUGCUUUAUGCUGUUGUGUGGUUUUGUACAGGCAAAACUGUGCACAUUGUGUGGUGUUAUAUACACGUUUACACAGAAUUAGCAUUUAUCGAUUAUCAUCGUUAGUAGACUUCUGCUUUUCUGAGCAUCCGGCAUGCGUAUAUGUCAAAGUGAGUACUUUAUUCCCACAUUUAAUUUGCCUUUCCUGAAAAGGUAAAAAUAAUCUCACCCAAUUCAUUGAUAUCAUUAACUAAGCUAAUGACUUUAUAGUCCCACUGAUUGAUUGAUGUUUUGCUCAAGGUGCCAUCUUUCCACUGCUUCCUAUUGUGACAGGAAUAUGGAUUUUAGCCAACACAUGAAUUUAUCCCCGGACAGGAAACAUUUGCGUCUGUUUCUUUUGAACUUCUCCUCACUUUGUUUACGGAAAUGUAUUUGGAUGUUCUUAUGUUGUCUAUUUUGGUUUAUUCUUGUAUCGACGUCUCGGACAUUGUCAUUUUAAAAUCAUGUUUCACAAUGAUUUAAAAAAAAUAUGAAUAUAGGAAAACAAUAAAACAUCAUUUGUA